AUGCGUGCGAAUCCGUCGAAAACAGAAUAUGUGCCGAAUCGAAAGCCUUUUGGUUCUGCCUCGAUUACGGUUGCUUGCGCGAGCACCGGCAUGCUGGUCACAAUGGCGACGGCCCGGCCAUUGCUGGCUGCCCUUCGAUGGCGAUGUUGGCAUGUACUGUUCCUAGUCAUCGACCGGCCCUUGCAGGGAUCGACCAUGUCGGCCGAAAACGCACUGCAAGGCCAGCGACGCACGACGAUGCAAGCAUGUGAAUCUGACUUUGCACAACACCACGACGUUGGAAGAGUGACCAGGCCGAUACCACCCAUGCCACGUAGAGCCUGCGUCGGUCCCAGUGAAGAUCAAAGUAUUUCGCAUGUGACCCUUCUCAAGACCAGUACGACCGACGGCAUGAACGCCCCAGGGCCCAGGUUCACCAACAAACAAAAUCCCAGAAGCCAUUCAAGCAAAACGCUGACCAGUCUCCCUCAAUCGAGACCCAUCCCUGAGUCUGACAAGGGCUUUACUGAAACCUUUAAUACCUCUCGAACUCUUCACUCACAGGCAAAGAGUGAGCAGUCAACAAUGCUCGACCACCACAUCAUGCAUCCCGAAACGACCGAGCAAGUCUUAUUGCGACUUGGAGUCAUCAAACCCGAAGCGAAAAGAAAUCCAGUGACCACUCGGAGUGACUCAGGAGGCACCCUCUCUCCGUUCUGGAUCGACAAUCCUGUAUUUGCCAUCACCGCGACAAGAUUGAAGCGCUGUGAGCCACAGAGCGACAUCAAACCACCAAUCGCAUCCACAAACUCCAUCCACGUGCAAAACCUGGCCGAGCUGCCACCGACGAUGCAUCCGACUUUCUCCGCCUGCUAUCGAGAAGAUCAACCCACUCUCGUGCGUCGCAACGGACCAGUACGUUCAACGCUUGUAGCUGCAGCUGGGAUCGGCGUCUGUUUUCUCUCCCGUGUUGACCGCAAGAAGGAGUCGAUGAUUCUUGGUCCACCAAGGAACAGUUACAUGUCUUCAUGUAGGUAUUUGCCAGCCGCAACGCAACUUACUACUGAAGUUCCCUUCGAUCACGGAACUCUUCCAUUGAUUUUCAGCUCGAAAGAAUUCCUUCGUGAAUACAUACACAAUGGUUGGCCCAGGGUAUCAGUAGCGAGCGCUCUAUCAUGCAUGGUUGAUUUACCAACAGUCCGGAAGCUUUGCGGGUAUGCCGUUCACCCAGCCCGGCGACAUGUCAUGAAAAGAAGGUUCAUGGCCGUCAUCAAGCGGAACUAUUCCCAAAACAACGUACGUCACGACCGUUGUGAUGUCAAAGCGCAGAUUUGCGAUGGCGAGUGCAUCCCAGUUGCGCCGCUUGUUGUUGCUGGCGACGGAUCACGCCAAGUCCAGGGAGUUAUGUAUACAUAUAUAGGCCAACAAGGGUCGCUCCACGAACGACUGGCACCGUUCACUGCUUGCUGUUGUCCCAAAUACGUUGUUGCCCUGGCCGAAAACGUGCCUGCAGAAGAUGAAGCACUUUCAGAAACUUUGCGAGCCUAUUCCAUCUUCACUACUUGCGCCGAACGCACAUCGGUUACAAAACGCUGUUUUGGAGACCCAUACCACCAGCGAAUCUUUGUCACUCCGGAUAACUUGAUAAUAUGUACGGGUAUCAUCUGCUUCAGAACCGCAGGUGUAGAGAGGACCACCGAAACUUUGAAAUCGCUUCUUGGCCUGUUCAUCAUCAGUCCAACAAACGUGUCUAGUAGUGAGUCUGGACCACGCUACGAACACGUUGUGCGGUGA